AUCCAAGGACAGCUAUGUGCUGUACAUGUGUAAAAUAAUCGAGUUAGCCUGUGAUGCGACAGCCAUUGUUAAUCACAUAACAUUCUUCGUGCAUUGUGGUUUUGUUUUGAUAGCUAAACUUAUUGUGUUAUCUUUUGCAAAACAAUGUGUGUGUGCGUGAGGCAGUAUCUCAGACAUCUCGGAUAAGUGCAUCAGGGGUCGCUGGAUGCCCCGAAUCACGUUUAAUCGGAUAUCAGUUUAAUUUGGGCCAGUGGUUUAUCUUGUGGUUGAUGCUUAUGUAUCAAAACAAUGCGCCAUACUCUACCGCCUACACACACCAUCGUAGGGGCAUCCGAGGUGUGACGUAUCACGGCAGACACGUCGGGUGAUGCAGUGACCGAGCGCGAGAAUUACGUAUCACGUCAGCGACAUUUAGUGAUGCAGUGAUAGUGUGAACGCUGCCUAUCACGAUAGAGACUAGUGAUGCAGUGACUGUGUGAAGAGUGCGUAUCACGGCAGUGAUAUCUGGUGAUGCAGUGACAGUGAAGACUGCGUAUCACGGUAGCGACAUCAGGUGAUGCAGUGAAGAUGCUGUCUGCGGUCAUCACUGGCGUGCUGGGCCUACUGGCAGUGGCCCGUGGCGACGUCGUCGUCUACACAGAAAUUGUACCACAUUUGAUAGAGAAUACCUUCUUAGACCGGCCGGCGAGCUUCGGACCGGACCUUCCAUUCGAGGGGCUGCGCGGACUCCUGGUGCCCGGUCAGCCGGCCAACGGCUGCGGCGCCAUGAAGCCGCCGCCCGCUGUGGAUAACUUCACAAACAAGUGGAUAGUGCUGGUCGCUAGAUACAACUGCUCGUUCGCGGACAAGGUGACCAACGCCAUGAAUGCGGGGUACGACUGCGUCAUCGUCCACAACGUCGGCUCCGAUGAGCUCGAAACAAUGUCAGCAAAAAACUCCUUCAACAUUAGUAUUCCGUCCGUGUUCGUCAGCGAAAAGACUGGCAUCUUGCUUGCUGAUGACUACAAUUACACCUCACGUAAUUAUUACAUAAUGGUGAACGGUGACGAGCCGUUCGACAUCAACACGCACUUGUUGCUGCCGUUUGCGGUGGUGGUGGCGCUCUGCCUCAUCAUCAUCAUCAUCUUCAUGAUAGUGAAAUGUAUAAAAGACCGCCGCAGAGCGCGUAGACACCGCCUGCCGAACCGGUCUCUCAAGAAGAUCCCGACGUGCAAGUUCAGCAAGGGAGACCCGUACGAGACCUGUGCCAUCUGUCUGGACGACUACCAGGAAGGCGAGCGACUGCGAGUGUUGCCGUGUGCACAUGCAUACCACGCGAAGUGCGUAGACCCGUGGCUCACGCAGAACCGUCGCGUGUGUCCCGUGUGCAAGCGCCGCGUGCUGGCCGCCGGCGAGCGGGAGGCGCGCGCGCGCAGGGACUCCGACGACUCGGAUGAUACAGAACCGCUGUUGGACGCCGAGCCACAAGUGUUGACACAGGGCGGCACAUUCGCGCCGCAACGCGAGAAUCCGUUCCGCCGCGCCGCGCGCGCCAUGGAAGCCUGGCGUCGCACCCGCGCCUCCGCCGACCCUGAGGAAGCAACUUCAGGAACAGAAGAAAAUAAUCAAGCGACUAAUGAUAGUGAAAACGUGCCAGCGUCAGAGUCCGCGCCGCUUCUCCAGCCGGUAUCGGAGCGGCGGGCGCGGCGCGGGCGCUCCCGUCGUCGGGCCCACAGCGCCGCGCCCGCGCCCGUCCCCGCGCCCGCGCCGGACGGACACUCGAUCAAUACUGAAGUCAGGGGGGAGAUCGGCGUAGCCGCGCUGCCCGCUAUCCCGCACUCGGCCUCGACCCCGCACCACAUCGACUUAUGAACGCGGGACCCGCCCCACUGCUAAUACUAGUACAACACUACUAGUCCACACACGGUUCAACGGACUGGUCACGUGUUAACUGACAGACGAGUCGAUCCCAGAGCGAACACGUAUUAAAUUGUAGUUAAAUCACUAACCAUAACCACUGAUCAAUUAAUUUAACGCUUGAAUUUAUACUAACAUAACAUAGUAUUUUUAACAAUAUCAAUUUAACGAGCUGUCAAAUGUUAUGUCAUAGGUUGUCUUCUUCUUCUUUUUAUUUUGUUUAUGGCCAGGUCUGGGAUAUUAUGGCUUCUCGAGUAACCUCCCCAUAGUUAAAGUAACUGACAGUGAUUGUGUGUUGUCAAACAGCGCUGUUUAGGCCGUGAUCACAUUAAACGUACUUAAAAUUCCAGCCACGAAUGGCAAAAAGUGUACAGUACGGAUAAAAGAAACCAAGCACAGCCAUUGACAUAACAUUUUGACAAUCAAUAUGUAAACAUAUUCGAUUGAAUAACCUGGACUAAAGAAAUAACUUGUAUAUCUUUUCCUAUUAUUAUAUUGUAAGUGAGUAUGAUGGCUCACUUUAUGCGAAGCUAGUUUUCAAAGCUAGUACUAGUUCACUCGGAAUUAAUUUCGAUUGAAUUAGAUUCGUUAUAAAUAAGUAAUUCGUACUGAUAACAAGGCAGUUCAUAUUAGCUUUGUGUAACUAACGCCGUAUGGCGACGUCAACAAUGUAAGAUGAUAUACCCACGCAGGAUCGGGGUUGCAACGCGCAUUGGUGCAAUAUAACGGACGUGUAUUGAGUGUUUUAAGGCUAAGGAUAAACGAGCGAAAACGUUCUUCGAGUUCACACAAAAGUUCUGUAUGGACUCACAACGACGCAAAAUGUGUUGGAACUUGAACGAUUGCUACGCUUCAGAAAUUACGCUCGUUUGGCGUCAGCCUAAAAUGGCGUCUCAUAUGGAAUAUUCGCGUGAUAUGUAACAUAACUCAAGUCGCAUUGUAAUUUGGCAAAAAGGCAAUGACAAUGGAAGAUCAAUACCCUAUUAUUUACCGUUGCAAUGUCUGUACAAAUUGACGUUACAUUACAUGCGAAUACUCACGCUGAGAACUUUAGGAUUAAUGUCACAGAAUUGUAAAUGCUUAGUUGUAAAAUUAUUACUUAACUACAGGUCUAGCAUACCUGAGCCUGGGGUAUGCCGCCUAAGUUGUCCACUAGGCCUGUAAGUUUCAUUUAUUAAAAGCACUUUGGUAAUAUCACUCGCUCCGCAUUUGUGCACUUUUAAUUACAAGUCUCGGAACUUUUGGUGAGGUUAAAAACUUAAGUUAAAUGAAACCCAUCAAUUUAAAAAUCAGUUAUUAUAGUCCGGUCAGAGAG